GAAAUAAGCGCAGUUUUCCGGAAAUUAUUUGCGAAAAAUUUCUUGCUCACAAGUAUAUACUUAGAGGACCUUAUAUUUUGUUUUAGGUCCUCUGGAGCAUAAGGGAAAUCCAUCAAAAUGAUUCUGUCAGCCCAGGACUGUGGUUGUUCUAUAGUAGAAGAAGGUCCAACUGUAAUCAACUCGCCAGUAUGCAGCGGCACAUACCUGUUCAUGGUGCUCCUACAGAGCUACUUAUGGGGCCGAUGUGAUAUCUCCACGCCUUGCAAGAGGAUUGAGUCCGUUAAGAAAACUGAUGAUAAAUAUGACUUCGUUGUCGUUGGAGCUGGAUCUGCAGGGUCAAUUGUAGCUUCGAGACUUAGUGAGAAUGGAACGUUUAAAGUGCUAUUGCUAGAAGCAGGUGGACCAGAACCGAUUGCCGCCAGAGUUCCUGGGUUCUACAGAGGAUUCUGGGGCAAUGAGGAAGUGGACUGGAAAGUGCGCGCGGAGCUCGGUGAUUUCUGUCUCGAUCAAGGGGAACAAGGAUGCAGCUGGCCACUUGGAAAAGUAUUGGGAGGAACUAGCGUCCUGAACGGCAUGAUGUACCACCGAGGACACCGCGCCGACUACGACGACUGGGUAGCCCACGGCGCUGAGGGCUGGUCCUGGGACGAGCUACAACCAUACAUGGACAUGAUUGAGAACAACAAGCAAAUUGGAACCGUGGUCGAUGGAAAAUACCACUCGGAUGCUGGAGUUAUGCCUAUACAACAGUACAACUACCAGCCACCGCAGCUGCAGGACCUACUGGACGCCGCUAACGAAACCGGCUUCCCUAUCAUCAAAGACAUCAAUGACCCCAACACUCCCGAAGGUUUCGCCAUCGCACAAGCAUUUAACGACAACGGCCAGCGUUACACCACAGCCCGUGCCUACCUCGUCCCGAAGUCAGAGCGCCCGAACUUGAGUGUCAAGCUCAACGCACACGUCACCAAAGUGCUGUUCAAGUGCAAGAGGGCUGUUGGAGUCGAGUACGUCGAUGAGAAGGGGAAGAAGAGGAAAGUUAAGGCUAACAAAGAGGUAAUUUUAACCGCUGGAGCCUUGAAGAGUCCUCAAAUCUUAAUGCUCUCCGGAGUCGGCCCGAAAGAAACUCUGGACAAGUUCGACAUCCCCGUGGUAGCUGACCUGCCCGUCGGAAAGAGCUUCAAGAACCAUUGUGGAGCCACUUUAUACUUCUUGUUGACUAAAGCGAACAACACUCAAACCCUGGACUGGAAUGCGUUGACCGCCUACCUGUUGAACAGGGAAGGACCUAUGGCUUCCACUGGUUUGACUCAGCUCACCGGAUUCCUGUACUCGAGCUUUGCCGACAAAGAGCGAAACCAACCCGAUCUGCAAUUCUUCUUCAAUGGCCUCUAUGCUGAAUGCUCCAAGACCGGUAUUGUAGGAGAACCCGCAGGAGAUUGCCCUUCAUCUGGCUACAACGUUUCUGCAAAUGCUGUCCACUUGUUGCCUCGCAGCGUCGGUUACAUGACCCUUAACUCCACGGAUCCCUUCGACCAGGCUCUGUACUAUCCUAACUUCUUCGACCAUCCUGAUGACAUGGAGGCCAUCAAAGAAGGCUUCCAAUACUUAAGGAAAAUAUUUAACAGCCAGAUCCUCCAAGACAAAUACGAGGUGAAACUGGACCCUGCUUACACUAAGGAGUGCGACGACGUGGCCGAGGCCUGGUCUGACAAGUGGAGCGAGUGCAUGAUCCGCCUGCACACCGACCCACAGAACCACCAGCUCGGAACCAACGCUAUUGGACUCGUCGUCGAUCCCUCACUCAGAGUCUACAACGUUACCAACUUGCGAGUAUGUGACGCGGGAGCCAUGCCCUCACCGCCAACAGGCAACCCUCAAGGUGCCAUCAUGGUUGUCGCCGAGAAGUGCGCAGACCUCAUCAGACAAAAAUGGACCAAAUAAAUAUCGAAUACCAAUAGACCCUACGGGUUAACCUGAUUUUAAAAAUUGUGAUUACUAUGUAAGAUAGUAAAAUAGUUUCGAGAAUAAACUGCAAAGCAGAUUUAGAUCAGAA